ACUAGCGCUCCUCCAGUGCGCACUAGUGAGGGAAGGGAGUGACACAGACACAAUGGGAGGACAGAAACAGCAUCGAUAACAGCGCUCUACAGCUGUGCCUUUAAAGCAGCCUGCUGCUGAACUGCUGUCUGAAGUGCACUGUGAUUAAUGCAUCUGAAUCUGCUGCAGGGCAUUAGUAUUGUCUCAAGAUUUCACAUCUGUCCUUCCAAUGGAUUUCCCUUUCGACAUGAACGCGCUCUUCCCCGAGAGAAUUACAGUGCUGGAUAACAGCUUGAGUGCAGGUCGGAGAGCGCAUGGGAGACCAGAUCCUCUUCUUCAGAUCAGCACAGUUAUAGAUGAGCUGGGCAAAGCCUCCGCUAAGGCCCAGCAGCUGCCUGCUCCUAUAACCAGUGCAGCGAAGCUCCAGGCCACCAGACAUCAUCUCUACCUCCUGAAAGAUGGAGAACAGAACGGCGGGAGGGGUGUUAUCGUUGGAUUUCUGAAGGUUGGCUACAAGAAGCUGUUUUUACUUGACCAACGGGGGGCGCAUUUGGAGACUGAGCCAUUGUGUGUGCUGGAUUUCUAUGUGACAGAAACUCUGCAGAGACAUGGCUACGGGCUCCAGCUCUUUGACUUCAUGCUGAAACACAAACGGGUGGAGCCUGAACAGAUGGCGUACGAUAGACCUUCUCCUAAAUUCCUGUCAUUUCUAGAAAAGCACUAUGAUCUCAAGAACAGCGUGCCUCAGGUGAAUAACUUUGUGGUGUUCAGUGGAUUCUUCCCGAGUAGAUCAGGAACACCUCCCUCCCCUUCGAUGGAUCAGGGGAUGUAUGGAUUUUUCGGUCCAAUUGAGAAAAGUUCCCCCAAAAAAGCCAGAGGGAGAGAUCAAACCCUAUUCACUGAUGGAAAGAGAAGUGGUUCGGGAGGAGCAGAGGGCUCUCCCCUGGCCGUUCGUUCGCCCCGCGGGUCCCCCUCUUUCUCCCCCUCUGCUUCCGUCAUCUCCUCAAUCCCGUUGUCUCAGUGUGGGAUCCUCCCCCAGCCGGGCCCUGCUCCGGCCCGCCGUGGCCCCCGGGAGCCCCUCCCACCAGCUCAACGACAGCUGCAGGGCAAGACGCACCAGCUCUCUAAAUAGAUCUAGGCUCAGCUUUCAUUGACCCUCAGUCUUUAACUUCACUGUCUUAAACAUUUAGCUAGUUCCAAUUAAACGAAUGGUUCACCCAGAAAUGAAAAGUAGCUGAAAAUCUACUCACCCUCAGGCCAUCCAAGAUGUAGGUGAAUUUCAUGGGAACAGAUUUGGAGAAAAUUAGCAUUAAAUCACUUGCUCACCAAUGGGUCCUGUGAAGUGAAUGGGUGCCGUCAGAAUGAGAGUCCAAAUGGCUGAUAAAAACGUCACAGUAGUCAGCACAUCUCCAGUCCAUUAUUAGCAUCCUGUGAAGGUAAAGCUGAAAUCCAUCAAGAUGUUUUUACGCUCAAACUGUUGUAUUCAGCUAAAAUAUGAGUCAUCUCUCCAUGGUAUUUGAUGAUAUUCAUGUUUUUAUCAGUUGUUUGGACUCUCAUUCUGACGGCACCCAUUCACUG